GGUAUAGGAGUUGUCUGCGUGACGCUGAUCAUCGUCGUCAUGAUGUAUUUCGACAAAUACCGCGGAGUAGCUAGUGGCCUCAAGUUUGCCGGAUACUCGAUGGCCUCACUGCUGUUUCCAAGGAUACUCACAUCGCUGAGAGAUGCCUACGGCUUCAGAGGAUGUCUGCUGGUGUACGCGGCGCUCACCAUGAACGUAACAGCCCUGACAUUGCUUUUGAAAGAACCCCCUUGGCAAACAAACUUCCGAAAUGGCAAGGCGAAAACAUCUUCGGGACAGCGAAAUAACUUUUCCUGGUUUAGGCCUUCUCCGUUGGAUAGCGCAGUUCCUAAUCCUGUAGCAUGUCCUGCAGCUGGCAGUAUUAAUGUUUACGGAUCCACCGAGUCCGAUUACUCAAAGAACUGUGUCACACCGAACAAUGUAGGCGGGAAUCACCACAUUUGUGACAGGUCGACAAGAUCACAAAUGUCAGUGACACAUUCGUGCAGCAACAGCAGCAGUAAGUACCCCGCCGAUAAUCCGAAAAACACGAUUUCUCUCGAAAUCUGGCUUCAGAGUUUACAGUGUCUGGGAAAGCAAGGAAGCGCAAACAAGGUGGUGGCUACGGUAGACGGAAGCACAGAAACGCGAAAAGCAACCAUUGCGAACCAAGCCACAGAAAGAAAUGAAGCAAAUGAACGUGCUGGGCAGGAACAUUGCCGUCCCUGUUCAUCGUUCGGAGACAUACGCAAUCUACUUGUAAAACCUAGAUUUUACGUUUGUGUGUUAGCGGUCGUGGCCAUUGACUACACGAUGGCCGUAUUUCCAGCGACCAUCGUAGACUACGCGCUCGACAAAGGUGCUUCCCGGAGCCACGCCGACCUUUCUGUGACUUACUGCUCACCAGCCGAGCUCUUUGGUCGUAUCGUGCUUCCACUAAUCGGUGACAGCAAGAAGGUGAGCAGGACAGCGCUGGUGUCCGCAAGUUUCUUUCUGCUUGCAGUGACUAUGCUGGCUCUACCGGCCACUCCUUCUUUCCUGGCUUAUAUUCUCGUCAGCGCUUGCGUCACAAUGCUGCUCGCGUGCUUGGUCUCCAUGAAGCCUGUGGUUAUUGCCGACUACUUUGGCAUCGAGAGCGUCGCAAUCGGCUGGGGAUUCGCUGGAGUAACGCUGUUGCCUCUACUCUUGUGCAGCCCAUAUAUCAUCGGCUACUUCAGAGAUGCAGGAGGAAGCUACGAUGGACUUUACCAGCUUCAAGCUGGGAUCCACUUCUUUGUCGGCGGCCUGUUUGGACUCCUUUCUGUGUUAGAUAAAAGGCGGCGGAAAGAUUGGACGGCAAGCCUGUCAGAUUAGGCUGCGGACAUAUAGGCUACGAUAACGUGCUCUAUCCGUGAAAGCGAA